AUGCUUGUAGCUCUUUGCUGCUUAAGUAUAUUUAUAUACAUAUAUUUUUUUUUUCAAAAAAAAAUAAUCUAUAAUAAAAAUAGUGUACAAAAUGAAGACAUUGAAAUCGGUGUAGUUCUAGGAUCAGGAGGUCAUACAUUUGAAAUAUUAGAAAUAUUAAAACUCAUAAAAAAUGAUAAUAUAAUUUUUCAUUUUUUUUGUGCAAAUGGUGAUAAUUUGAGCAAGGAAAAAGCAGAAAAAGAAUUUGAAAAGUAUAGAAAAAAUUUUGUCUUUAUACCAAGGUGUAGAAAUAUAGGAGAAUCAUAUUUAACGGCCUUAAUUAAAUUUAUAUUUGUAUUUAUAUAUUGCAUAUUUUUAACAUAUAAAUUGAAUAACAUUAAGUUGUUGAUAGUAAAUGGCCCUGGAACAUGUGUACCCGUUGUGUUUUCAUUAUUAUUUAAAAAAUAUUUUUUUUUUAAAAAAAUAAAGAUAGUUUAUAUAGAAAGUGUUUGUAGGAUAUAUUCCUUAUCCUUGAGUGCAAAAAUUCUAUAUAGAUUUACUGAUAUGUUUGUCGUUUUUUCUAAGCAUUUACAAAAUAAGUAUAAAAAAGCAAAGUUUUAUGGUUAUUUAUUCUGA